AUGGGGUCCCCAGGCCCGCCGUCGGCAGCCCUGGAGGAGCACCUGGUGGCCUGCGUGCAGCACAGCCUGGGCCUGUACCUGUUUGACAACGCCUGCUUCCUGUGCGAGCGCCUGGUGGCGCAGUUUCCGUCGGAGGCCAACCUGUUCCUGCUGGCCACCUGCUACCACCGCUCCAACCAGUCCUUCCGCGCCUACCACCUGCUCAAGGGCCUGACCGGCGAGCAGAGCCGCUACCUGUACGCCCUCUGCGCCAUGCAGCUGGGCAAGCUGACGGAGGCGGAGACGGCGCUGCUGCCAGACAACGACGCCUCCAGGGUGCCCAACGGCGGCGCGGGCUUUUACCUGCUGGGGCGCAUCCACCAGCUGUCCAACCGCCAUUCCGCCGCCAUUGCCUACUACAGCACCGCGCUGCAGCUGGACCCCAUGCUGUGGUCGGCCUUCGAGGAGCUGUGCGGGCUGGGGGCAGACCACGAGGCGGGGCAGUACCUGGCGGCCGCGGGCGCAGCCGGUACCGCAGCAGCCGCCACCGGCGCCGCCGGCCCCGCCGCCACCGCCGGGGGCGCACCCCACAGCGCCAUGGGCGGCGGCGGCAUGCCCUCCACCUCCACCUCCACCUUCCAGCACGGCGUGGACAGCGGGGGCACCCCUUCCCCGGGAUCCUACGUCACGCCCUCGCCGGGAGGCCGCCCCUCGGCAGCCCCGCCGCCGCCCGCGCCCAAGGUGGGGGGCCCCGCAGCGGCGCGCCCCUCCUGGCCCGCCACCAACACGCCCGCCCCGCUGCCCGUCACCGCCGGCGGCAGCCUGGCGAUGCCGGGCACCAGCGGCGGCGGCGGCGGCGGCGGCGGCGCGCAGCGCAAGUUUGUGGACGAGGGCAAGCUGCGAAAGGUGUCCAACAAGCUGUUUGCCGACCCCGCCAGCAUGCUCAAAGAGCUGCGCUGGCAGGAAGGGGAGGCAGGCGGCGGCGCCAGCGGCAGCGGCGCCAGCGGCGGCGGCGGCGGCGGCGCGGCUGGGGCAGCGGGCGGCAGCCUGGCCGACGUGGCGGCGCUGCACGGCGUGCCGCGCGGCCAGCGGUCUCAGGAGGGGCAGCAGCAGGCGCUGCCGCUGCUGCAGGCCCUGGGGGAGGGCUACCGCCUGCUGUGCAUGUACAGGUGCCAGGAGGCGGUCGACGCACUGAGCCGCCUGCCGCCGCACCAGUACCAGACGGGGUGGGUGCUGUGCUGCGUGGGCCGCGCUUUCUUUGAGAUGGUCGACUACCCCGAGGCAGCCAAGGCCUUCAGCUGGGCAAGACAGGUGGAUCCGUACCGCCUGCGCGGCCUGGAGGUGUACAGCACGGUGCUGUGGCACUGCAAGCGGGAGGUGGAGCUAGCGCAGCUGGCGCAGGCCGCCUCCUCGCUGGACCGCCACUCGCCCUACGCCUGGUGUGCCAUGGGCAACUGCUUCUCGCUGCAAAAGGAGCACGAGACCGCGCUGCGCUACUUCCAGCGCGCGCUGCAGCUGGACCCCACACUGCCGUACGCCUACACGCUGGCGGGCCACGAGUACUUUGCCAACGAAGACUUCGAGAAGGGCAUCACCUGCUACCGCAACGCCAUACGCAUCGACCCGCGCCACUACAACGCAUGGUUUGGCAUGGGCCACAUCUAUUACCGCCAGGAGAAGUACGGCAUGGCUGAGUACCACUUCAGGCGCGCCCUCUCCAUCAACGACCGCUCCUCCGUGCUGCGCUGCUACCUGGGCAUGGCGCUGCACAAGCUGAAGCGCAGCGGCGAGGCGCUGGAGACGCUGGGGCAGGCCAUCGCCGCCGACCCGCGCAACCCGCUGGCCAAGUUUGAGCGCGCCGCGGUGCUGAUGGCGGAGGACCGGUGGCGGGAUGCGCUGGCGGAGCUGCACGCGCUCAAGGACCUGGCCCCGCGCGAGGCCAGCGUGCUGUUCCACAUGGGCAAGAUCUACAAGAAGCUGGACAUGCUGGAUGAGGCCAUGGCCUGCUUCGCACACGCGCUCGACCUGCAGCCGCCCUCGGCAGACACAAACCUCAUCAAGGGCGCCAUCGAGAAGCUGCGCACCCCGGACGACAACGAGGAGGAGGAGAUUUGA